AUGUCUGACGCUGAUUCGCUAAAAGCUCAAGGUAAUGCUGCCUUCGCCAAAAAGGACUUCCCUGCUGCCAUUGAGUUCUUCACAAAGGCCAUUGAGGUUGCUCCUGAAUCUACUGCACAUGUUCUUUAUUCAAACAGAUCUGGUUCCUAUGCCUCCAUGAAGAAUUACGAAAGUGCUCUCAAUGAUGCUGAGAUUUGCGUCAAGCUCAACCCUAGCUGGGCUAAGGGCUGGAAUAGAAAGGGAGCUGCUCUGUUUGGCCUUGGUGACCUUGUUGGUGCUCAUGAUGCCUAUGAGACUGCCUUGGAAAAGGAGCCCAGUAACGCUCAGGCUUCCAGUGGCCUUAAUGCCGUCAAGGAAGCCAUUGACCGUGAGGCUGCAGCUGAUGGCCAAAAUCCUGAUAUUGCAAUGACUAGCAUUUUUACUGAUCCAAGAACUAUGGAAAGACUCAGAAGUAAUCCCAAGACAGCUGAGUCCAUGAAGGACCCUGCCUUUGUUGCAAAGCUUAAUGAGGCUGCUAAAAACCCAAUGGCUUCAUUCAAAACCGCCGCUCCCGACACCAGAAUUAUGCAGGCCAUUGCUGUGGCUUUGGGAAUCGAUGCUGAUAUUGAUAUUCCUGAUUUUGGUGCCCCGGCUUCUGCUGCUGAGAAUCCCUCUGUUCCUAAGGAAGAGCCUAAGCCUGAACCCAAGGUUGAAGAAAAGGAAGAGGAGGUUGACCCUGAAGAAGCCGCUAAGAAAGAAGCCAAGGCCAAGGCUGAUGAGGCUAAGGCCUCUGGUAACUCUGCAUAUAAGGCUAGAAAGUUCGAUGAAGCUAUCGGCUUUUACAACCAAGCUUGGGAGCUCAACAAGGAUAUCACAUACCUCAAUAACCGUGCUGCCGCUGAAUUUGAAAAGGGUGACUAUGAUAGUGCCAUUGCUACUUGCCAUGAGGCUGUUGAGUAUGGCCGUGAGGUUUUCGCUGACUACAAACUUAUUGCUAAAGCCUUUGCGCGCGCUGCCAAUGCCUAUCAUAAGUCUGGCGAUCUUAACAACGCAAUUCUAUAUUACAACAAGGCUUUGACAGAGCACAGAACCCCUGAUGUACUUGCCAAGUUGAGAGCUACUGAAAAAGAGCUUAAGAAUAAGGAGGCUCAAGACUACAUUAACCCUGAACUUGCCGAAAAGGCCAGAGAAGAUGGAAAUGCUAAAUUCAAGGAGGCUAAUUGGCCGGAGGCUGUUAAGCUUUAUACUGAAGCAAUCAAGAGGGCUCCUGAGGAUCCUCGUGGCUACGCUAAUCGUGCUGCUGCUUAUCUCAAGCUCAUGUCAUUCCCCGAGGUGGUCAAGGACUGUGACACCGCCAUUUCUAAGGAUGUUAACUUCUUCAAAGCUUAUAGCAGAAAGGCAACUGCGCAGCUGGCUAUGCGCGAUUAUGCCAAGUGCAUUGAGACUCUUGAUGCUGCCCGACUCAUUGAUACUCAGAAUAAGCAUUCUGGUGAAAUUGAUGAUAUUUACAACAAGGCUGUUUCUGCCCGAUUUGCUGCCACUGAAGGUGAAACUAAUGAACAGACUUUGGAAAGAGUCAGCAAGGAUCCUGAAAUUGCUAGCAUCCUUCAAGAUCCUGUUAUGAACUCCAUUCUACAACAAGCUCAGAGCAACCCUGCUGCUCUGCGCGAUCACAUGCAGAACCCAGAUGUACGUCGGAAGAUCAACUUGCUCAUUGCUGCAGGAGUUAUCAAGACUCGAUAA